AUGCCUGGAGCUUGGCUUCUGAAUUCACAAGAGGGCAACUUUACAUUGCCAAGUCACUGCUCACCAGAUGUCUCGGUGCCGAUAAAUCUGCUGGAGGCGUAUGGUGUCUACUCUCGCACGGUGGACCCCGCGACACUGCACGAGCGUCAUCCAUCCGAUGACGAGGGACGGACUCGGGCACAACGUCUCGCGUGGAAUUUGGGCUACCAGGGGCAGGAGGAAGUGACACUUACUGCCGACUCCCAAGAAGAAUUGCGGGAACACCUUAACUUGGAUGAACAAAUGCGUAUUGUGGAAAGUGGAGUGCUGUACAUCGACUUCCGUGACGCAGAGGAACGGUGGAUUCGUGUUGAGGCCAAAUCAGGUGAUCUGGUCGUUCUUCCGCGUGGCCUUUACCAUCGUCUUGUCCCUGCUGCUGACUCCUCUCCGGUUAAGCUGUUGCGCCUGUUCCGUAAAUCUGCCGUAUUUCAACCAAUUCCUCGCAAUGGUGAACUCAGUGUCGAAGCUGCCGCGGAGGCGCGUGCGGCACAUGAAGACCACAAAUUUUACGUCUCUCAUCCACCGACAGAGACCAUUUUGGGUCCUGCAAACACGGAGGACAAUGUGUUGGUGAAAUCCCCUCGAGACUUUGACGCCACACUGGAUAAAGUUAGGGCGCAGCUGACGCCCGGUGAUAUACUUGUGCUUCUGUUCAAGGGUGCCUCUGACCGCAGGACGCACCAGUCGUGGUGUCCGCCGUGUGCGACUGCGGAACCAAUUGUGAGACGCGCAGUGGAGGCGGCCAAACAAAAGCGUCGUGUUGUGUACGUUCAGUGCAAUGUUGAGCGUUCGGUAUACCUCGGGAACCCCGAUUAUGCCUACCGAAAGCACCCUCUUCUUAAUAUCGCCAGUAUUCCAUUUUUUUUGGUGCUGGAGCAAAGGGAGAAGGAGGUCUUUGAGUUGUGCCGAGAAAGCGAUCCAGGUGAAGGCUACAACUCUUGGGUAGAGAAAAUUUGA